AUGGAGGUAUUUGGAAAAUCCCCGAUGGUUGGCUCUGCAAACGUUAUUUACUUGUCUACCAUUCUGGGUCGCAGUGGAGCCGUCCCUUGUCACAAGUGUGACUGGAAAUGUGAGAAUGAAAAUGUUUGUGGGAAUAUGUAUCGGUGCAAACUAACAGAGCUAACUCAUGCCUGCGACAAGAAUUGUGAUCAACGAAUUAUGUAUGAUAACCAUAGCUCAUUGUACCGAGUCAGUUGCCGGAUAUUCCCUCUCUCACCAGCUGAGGAGCAGGUGGUUAAAGGGGUUCGAAGGAAGCUCGAUGCUGAGAAUCAUCCCUCUGAGAGCUGCACGUCUAAGCGUCGUCGAUGUAAUGCACAGUUCCAUCCUUCUCCUUUUGAGAGGUCUUUUUCUACUGUCAGUCUCAUCUGCAACCAAGUUGGAGAGGGAAUAGACAUGGGCUAG